AUGAAGUGCAUCUUGGUGGCCACUGAGGGUGCGGAAGUUCUCUUCUACUGGACAGAUGAGGAGUUUGAAGAGAGUCUCCGGCUGAAGUUUGGGCGCUCAGAGAAUGAGGAAGAAGAGCUCCCUGCCUUGGAGGACAGGCUCAGCACCCUGCUUGCCCCGGUCAUCAUCUCCUCCAUGACAAUGCUGGAGAAGCUCUCAGACACAUACACCUGCUUCUCAACGGAAAAUGACGACUACCUGUAUGUCCUUCACCUUUUUGGAGAAUGCCUGUUCAUUGCCAUCAACGGAGAUCACACGGAGAGCGAGGGGGACCUGCGGCGGAAGCUGUGUGUGCUCAAGUACCUUGUGGAGGUGCACUUCGGACUGGUCACUGUGGACAGCCAUCUUAUCCGGAAGGAGCUGCGGCCCCCAGACCUGGAGCGACGAAGACAGGUGUGGGGAUACUUCCAGAGCCUGCUGUCCACUGCUGGCCGCCUGCGGGAGCAAGAGCAGUGCUUCGCGGUGGAGGCCGUGGAGCGGCUGAUCCACCCCCAGCUCUGUGAGCUGUGCAUCGAGGCGCUGGAGCGACACGUCAUCCAGGCUGUCAACUCCAGCCCCGAGCGGGCAGGCGAGGAGGCCCUGCACGCCUUCCUGCUGGUGCACACCAAGCUGCUGGCCUUCUACUCCAGCCAUGGUGCCAGCUCACUGCGCCCUGCAGACCUUCUGGCUCUCAUCCUCCUGGUGCAAGACCUUUACCCCAACGAGAGUGCGACUGAGGCUGAUGACACUCAGCCUUUCCCACCAAGGCCCCAGAGCAGCCAGAACAUUCCUGUGCAACAGCCCAGGAGUCCGGGCUCCACACCCCCGGCCAGGGGCAGUUCUGCAGAGACGGAGACAGACAGCUUCUCCCUCCCGGAGGAAUACUUUACUCCAGCUCCUUCCCCUGAUGAGAAGAGCUCAGGUAGCACUGUCUGGCUGGAGGGAGGCACCCCACCCACUGAUGCUGCCCAGAUUCAGGUGGCUGAAGACACUCUGCAGACACUAAUCCCUCACUCUUCAUCAGUAUCCGGCCCUAGGAGGAUUUUCCUGGAUGCCACCAUAAAAGAUAGCUACUGCCCCUUGGUGCCCCACACCCUGUACUGCCUGCCCCUGUGGCCAGGCAUCAACAUGGUCCUCCUGACCAAGAGCCCCGGAGCCCCCCUGGCCCUAGUCCUAUACCAGCUACUAGACGGAUUUUCCCUGUUGGAGAAGAAGCUGAAGGAGGGACAGGGGCCUGGAGCUGCCCUGCGGUCCCACCCCGUCAUGGCCGACCUGCGCCAGAGGAUGGACAAGUUCGUCAAGAAUCGAGGGGGCCAGGAGAUCCAGAGCACCUGGCUGGAGUUCAAGACGAAGGCCUUCUCCAGAAGUGAGCCAGGAUCGUCCUGGGAGCUGCUCCAGGCGUGCCGCAAGGUGAAGCUGCAGCUGUGUACCAUCUACCGCGUCAGCUUCCUGAGCACAGCGCCCGGCCGCGGGGGCCCCCAGCUGCCCCCACAGCUGCAGGACCAAGCCCAGAGGCUCAUGCAAGAAAAGCUAGCGGACUGGAAGGACUUCUUGUUGGUGAAAAGCCAGCGGAACAUCACCAUGGUGUCCUACCUAGAGGACUUCCCAGGCUUGGUGCAUUUCAUCUACGUGGACCGCACCACCGGGCAGAUGGUGGCUCCUUCCCUCAGCAUCAGCGAGAAGACUUCUUCAGAGUUGGGCAAAGGACCCCUGGCUGCCUUCAUCAAAACCAAGGUCUGGUCUCUGAUCGGGCAUGCUCGCAGAUACCUCCAGAAAGGCUACACCACGCUGCUGUUCCGGGAGGGGGACUUCUACUGCUCCUACUUCCUGUGGUUCGAGAAUGAGACGGGCCACAAACUGCAGAUCAUUGAGGUACCUGUCCUUUCUGAUGACUCAGCUCCCAUCGGCAUGCUGGGUGGAGACUAUUACAGGAAGCUCCUGCGUUACUACAGCAAGAGCCACCCAGCUGAGGCCGUCAAGUGUUACGAGCUGCUGGCCCUCCACCUGUCCGUCAUCCCCACGGGCGUGGUGGUGCAGCAGGCCAGCGAGCUGGCCCGGCGCCUGUGGGAGGCCUCUCGCAUCCCCCUGCUCUAG